CUACAAGUCUACAACUAUGAAAGCUUCAUCUUCUCUUCAUCCACACCACCAUUUUCCUUCCACUAAACUUUACACUUCCAUCACCACAAGAGUUUACAUCAGGACUCAACUCUCUUUUCCUGCAAAGGUGUUCUUGUGCCAGGCAAAAUCUGGCACAAAUGGGUCAUUAAACGUGCGAGUGAUGCCUCCCACUCUGUUAGCAGCAGAAAAGGAAGAAGCCAAGGCUGUAUUGAUGCUGUUUUUGAAAAAAGAAGGCUUGAGCAAUGCCAUUGCAGCGAGAACUGUCAACAAAUCAGAUCCUUUUAUUGAUCACCUUGUCUCGGUGCUUCACUCUAAACACAAAUCUCGGUACCUCGUAGGGAGAGAACUUACAACACUUGAAAUCAGGGAUGCUAUUGUCCCAUACCUUGAAUCUCUUCUCGAAGAGCACGGUGAUAGUCUAGUUGAUGUAGUCGAAAACUAUCCAAAUCCCCCGGUUAAGGAAAAACCAGCUGUGCAGGUUCCUCCUCCUACUCCAAUAAUAGACUCUAAGAAGCUUAGAACCGUGUCUCGAGUGAAUGCAAUAGACAUGACUGCUGGCAAUCUUCGCCCUCAUAUUGUCUAUCUCAUAGAGUUCGGUAUGAGUAUUGAGCAAAUCAAUGGUAUUAUUCGGCGAUUCCCGUCUUUUGCCUACUACAGCUUGGAGGGUAAAAUUAAGCCUGUAGUUGAGUUUUUUCUUGAACUUGGAGUUCCGAAAGAGGACAUCCCCACCAUCCUCACUAAAAGGCCUCAAUUAUGUGGAAUCAGCCUGUCGGAAAAUCUUAAACCCACCAUGAAGUUCUUAGAAUCCUUAGGCGUCGACAAGAAACAAUGGGCGAAGGUGAUAUACCGCUUCCCGGCUCUUCUAACUUAUAGUAGGGAGAAGGUGGAGGAGAGCAUAGAUUUUCUCCGAGAAUUAGGCUUGUCAGAUGAUAACAUAGGUAAGAUCUUAACUCGCUGCCCCAAUAUUGUAAGUUAUAGUGUAGAGGACAACCUACGACCCACGGCUAAUUACUUCCGAUCCUUGGGAGUGGAUGUUGGUGUUCUUCUGUUCCGUUGUCCACAGAAUUUUGGUCUUAGCAUUGAGGCCAAUCUGAAGCCUGUAACACAGUUUUUCUUGGAAAAGGGAUACACUUUGGAUGAAAUUGGGACUAUGAUUUCAAGAUUUGGUGCCUUGUACACCUUUAGCUUGGCAGACAAUUUGAUUCCGAAAUGGGAUUUCUUCAUCACUAUGGGUUACCCAAAUUCUGAGCUUGUUAAAUUCCCUCAGUUUUUCGGAUACAGUUUGGAAGAAAGGAUUAAACCAAGAUAUGCACGGAUGAAGAGAGCUGGGGUGAGGUUAUUGCUCAACCAGGUUCUGUCACUGUCUAGCCGGAACUUCGAAGAGGCCUUAGAAAAGAAACUGAAAAAGAAUUCGAGUUGACCAGCUAGUUAUAGCAGCAAAGUUGUUGUAUCGGAUCGGAUCAGAUAAUGAAAGAGGACACUUUUAGACAAUGUUCCAGACAACAAGAUGCUCAACUCAACUCCAGUGUUUUCGGACUAUUUGUCGUCAACGACUUCAGGAAAUGUUUGCUCAUACCCAUGAACAAGAUUCAAGUUGCAUUGGAGGCUAUGGGCACCAUAGAAACGGAGCAUUGUUUAAGUUUUGGAGCAAUUUUGGAGCAUUACAGGUUCACAAGCCAAAAAGGUUCCAAGCUAUGUGAAAACUCCUCCUCUAAAGUGAGAAAAUAAUCUAUUGUUAACCCUUAAAUCAUACUAGUUGAUUAUAAGUUGCAACAAAAAUACAUUGUGAUCAUAACCACCCUAAAAUAAUUGAAGGGUGAAUGGUUUCCUACUGUACCUUAUACUUUAGUGUAAAUGAACCAUAUAGUGUCAUAGCUUGUGAUUAUAUGUAAUUAUCAUUUUUAGUGUAUUC